AUGGCCGAUAAGUUCGUAACUGCACAUGCCGGAGCCAAAAAGGUCGAAGCAAGAGUAAACGACAUAUUCGUUGUCAAGCAGUCCAUAGGAGAGGGAUUAAGGGACUUCCUCGCUCGAUUCAACAGAACAAGAGGUCGUAAACAUGCUGCAAUAGGGCACCUCAAAGAGCUGUUAAGCGACAAGGGGAGAACCAACUUCGCCAGAGGACACGAACACCAAGGCCCGCCAAAAACACCAUCACCAGCUCGUACAAUCAACAUGAUCAGCGGCUGCAACGACGAUGCCUCUAUCAACCGCGUGAAGUUCACCACCACUCACAAGCUCAAGCCGUCAAUCACCCGUGAACGGUGCGACGAACUCGAUGAAAGUAUCAUCUUCGAUGAGUCGGAUGUCGAUGGUUUGAAUUUCCCUCAUAAUGAUUCUCUUGUUAUCACUUUAUGCAUUUUAGAUACCGAUCUUAAACGUAUCAUGGUGGACGAUAGAAGUGGCGUAUGUAUUAUCUAUCCCCGAUUCCUUACCCAAAUGAGACUCGAGGACAAGAAAGUGUCGUGCUGUAUCAUGCUAACCAGUUUUAAUAAUGCAGUUGAGCGGACGUCAGGGGAAAUUGCACUGCCCGUCUUGGCUGGCGGCAUAAUACUGGAGACAACAUUCCACAUAAUGGAUCAGGCCACCGCAUACAACGCCAUAAUGGGACAACCAUGGAAGCAUCCCAUGCGAGUCAUCCCCUCCAGCCUAUACCAAAUAAUUAAAUUCCCAUAUUCAGCAUAUGCAUAG